UGGCAUCAGCAGCAGUGGCAUCAGCAGCAGUGGCAGCGGUGACAGCAGUGGCUCCAUGCGUGGUGGUGACUUCAAGGUGCAUGGGGAGAGAAGACGUUCUCAAUGGUCCUUGUCGUUUGCAAACGAAUCUUUCGGGCACCAUCGGCUUACCUAGAACGGCAGAAGAUGCACCCGAGCGACGCGACUGAGAGCAAACGAAUGAUUAUGAACGACAAUGGCAGCGAUGAGAACAAGUGCUUGUACAAUGAGGACAUCCUUUCAAAUAUAAUGCCUCCCGUACUCUUGUUGGAGUUUGUUUUCGGCCUGAUGGGCAACCUGUUCACCAUCUGGAUCACCUGGUGGCACAUCAAGGUGUGGAGCGGCUUCACCGUUUACCUCUUCAACCUGGCCCUUGCUGACUUGCUCUUCGUCGUCCAGCUGCCGCUGAGGAUCGCCUACCACUUGCGCGUCAACGACUGGAUUCUGGGAGAAUUUUCGUGCGACCUCAUGAUAACGCUCUUCUACACCAACAUGUACGGCAGCAUCUACUUCCUCACCUGCAUCAGCGUCGAGAGGUGGCAGGCGAUCGACAGGCCCCUGCACUCGCUGGCCCGAAAAUCGCCGGGGCGUGCCACGAUCAUAAGCCUGGCAAUGUGGGCUUUGGCUAUUAUACCUCAGAUAGGGAUGCCGUUAAUCUUUGACCUGAUUCACGACAGCAGUAACAAAACCAAUUGCCUCAGCUUCAACCAAGAGGGCGUCAUGCUAGGCUUCGGAAUUUGGAAUACAGUGGAAGUGAUCAUCGGAUUCCUCAUUCCGUUCAUCAUCAUAAUCUUUGUCCAAAUAAAAAUCACACACAAGCUUCUGUGCCCAAGCAUGAACCCCGGACUGGAGCAGAUGCGAAAGAGAGCUUCGCGCUUGAUGAUCAUAAUCCUCAUCAUUUUUGCCACCUGCUUCAUCCCCAUUCACAUCUUCCGCAUUUUCCUCGUGGUGGCGAAACUUUACCUGCCCGAAAACUGCGGCCUGAACCAGUUGGCCUUCGAGGGCGUCUACUGGAGCCUGCUGCUCUCCAGCUGCAACUGUUUCAUGGAUCCGCUCAUCCUCUUCGUGUCAGGCAACCGCUUUCGCGGGGCGGCCGCGUUCGCGGUGAGCGCGUGCGUGGGGCGGACGUGCGGCGCCGCGAAGAGACGAACCACGUCGUCGACAAUAAACAUGCACAGCCUCGAGGCUAAGGAAAACGAAAGCGGCAACCAAGGCGUGCCGGGUUGUUGAUGGGGCCCUCGGCGGAGGUGGGGAUGCUGGCCAUGGGCCGUCACGUCUGGGCAACACGGCAUACCGAGGGAAGGUGUAAAUGUGUCAUUAAACCCGCCACCACCCGACACAGUCAAGUGGCAAGGUUUAUCACGUAAACAGAACGUACCGAUUCGUUACU